AUGAAGCUUUCGUUUACUCUUGCGGCGGUCCCGUUGACUGCGCGCUUGGCCCAGGCCGCAUUGGACGUGGACGCUGUUACCGAGAAGUACUUCGGCAACGAUGCGCCCUGGUACCAUGACCGUAUUCCGCUGUUCGAAUCGAGCGACUCGGAAAUCACCGAAGUCUACUACUACCGUUGGAAUGUUUUUCGCACUCACCAACGCGACGUCGGAACCAAGUACGGUUACAUCACAACGGAGUUCAUUGACAAUGUUGGCUGGCAGACUCAGCCGUGGGCCUCCAACAAUUGCGCCGCAAUCUUCCAUCUCUCAGAAGGCCGAUGGUGCCGUGACCCUCGCUUCAAGCAGGACCAUGCGACUUUCAUGUACAGCGCCGACAGCAACCCGCGUCAGUACUCCGAGAGCUUGGCAGAUGGUGUCUGGAGGAAUUAUCUCGUCGACGGAAACCCCGAACUCGCCAUCUCGCUCCUCGACGACAUGCAAAGGGUUUACAACGAAUGGGUUGGAGACCAUUACGAUGAGUCAAAGGGGCUUUUCUGGAUCGAACCCCUCGCCGACGCGACCGAGUAUACUAUCGCCAGUAUUGACGCGUCUGGUGGGUAUGAUGGCUUUGGUGGAGGCCAGGCUUUCCGCCCUACCAUCAACACCUACCAAUACGCCAACGCACGGGCUAUCGCCAAGAUCGCCGCUUUGAAGGGUGGUCUUGACGAUGUUAUUGCGGAAUACAACAACCGAGCCGACGCCAUCAAGGAGACUCUUCAGAGAGACUUGUGGAACUCCACAUUCGAGCACUUCAUCGAUCGCUUCUUCGUCAACAACGAGAACGUGACUUACUGGGACUUCAUCCGAGGACGUGAGCUCGCUGGUAUUGUUCCCUGGGCGCAUGAUCUUCCCGAUGAUGAUGCCAAGUUCGGUGAGGCAUGGAAGCACGUUCUUAGCUCCGAUCAACUCGGCGGCCCCUUCGGACUGCGCACUGUGGAACCCUCGUACGAAUAUUAUAUGCGCGUGUGGCGCUACGAGGGCACCCAAACUGAAUGCCAUUGGAAUGGCCCUUCUUGGCCCUACCAGACGACCCAGGUCCUGACUUCGCUCGCCAAUGUUCUCGACCAUUACCCCAACUCAUCCUCGCUUGUCAAUGUUGGCGACUACACCAGGCUGCUCAAACAGUAUGCCAACCAGCACUACAACAAGCACUUCGACAACAUCUUGGAUAUUGAGGAGAACUACGACCCUGACACCGGUGAGCCGAUUGUCGGACUGGGACGCUCGCACCACUACUUCCACUCCGGCUACGUUGACUUGAUUCUGUCCGGCUUCGUCGGUAUUCGUCCUCGCGCGGAUGACGUUCUGGAAGUCAAUCCCCUGGCUGACCCAUCUUCCAUCUCCUACUUCCGCGCCGAGCGUAUCCUCUACCACGGUCAAGAGAUUGCUGUUCAGUGGGAUGCGACUGGUGACCGCUACGGCGAGGCUGGUCUACGCGUUGAGGUCGGCGGCCAGGUGGUCGCUUCAUCCGACAAGCUCGAGCGCCUGACAGUCGACAUUGCUCGCUCAACCGUCUCGGUCUCCCGCCCCUUUGACCAAGCGAUCCAGCUUCAGGCUGACAUCACUCCUCCUAUUGUCAACACUUCCGUUGCCAACUACGACAUCAACCGCCUCCAUGACGUCUUUGACGGCCGCAUCUGGUUCUGGACCCAGGACACCAUUGCUAAUGGUCUCGAUACCCCUGAGGGCAGCACAACUGAGGAAUGGGUCAGCACAGAGUUUGGCGCAGCUGUCACCAUUUCUCGCGCCGAGAUCGCUUUCUUCGCGAACGAGGAGAAGGGCCUCGAUGUUCCCGCGAGCUACAAGCUGCAGGUUUUGAGCGGCGAAUGGACCGAUGUCGCCGACGCAACGUACGACGCGCCUCUGGCGAAUGGCAUCACCAACGUAAACUGGACUGGUGUCUCGACCGAAUCCGUCAGAAUUCUCGUGACGCCCAAGGAGGGCAAGAAGGUCCGUUUGGUGGAAUUGAAGGUUUUCACUGAGUAA